AUGAACAACAACACCGAUACUAACAACAUUGAUACUAACAACACUGACAAUAGCGAAAGUGCUAAAAGAGUGAAAAAUGAAAAACAGCAACAAGCCACCAAAACAAUUAAACUUCAAGCACUCUUGCCUCGUCGGCGUCAUCAUCAUCCAUUAGAACCUAAAAUUGAAAAUGAAUUGGAUUUUCCAAU